UGUUAUACUGAAGUUUCAAUUAGGUUUUGAUUGUUGACGAAAGGGAACUGCACAAUGGUACGAGGAUUAUUUUGUCUGUGGCUCGUGUAUGCAAUUUUUCUAUUGCUAACCAAAGCUGAUAAUGAUGGAGAUAGAAAAAAGGGAGCCUACAUGGAAACAAUCCGGAAUCAGUUGAAGACCUACGUAUCACCUUCAUCGGUUGACUUUUUCUCCGAUAUUUUGGCUAAAAAAAUAUACACAAAUUAUGAGUUCAAAGUUGUUUUGCCACCGAAAGGUACACAAUGCUAUUUUCAAGAAGUGAAGAAAAUGGUCUCAUUGCAAUUCGAAUUUCAGUGUGUCUCAGCACCUAGCUUCAGGGGUGAACCAGUAGUAUCCGCAUGGAUUUCUCAUUUACAAACAGGUAAAACGGUACAAACUGUCGACGAGCAGAGAAAGGGAGAAAUGCAACUGGCUGUGAAGGAAGUCGGUACUUACGGAUUUUGCGUGGAAAAUAAGGGGCGAGAUCCUAGAUUUGUACAACUCUCAUUUGAAAUGCUAAACACGGGUGAUAUACCGAGAUUUCAUUUGGAGAAUCAAGCUGGGAAUGAUUCUAUGUAUCACAUAUACGACGGGCUCUUUCAAGUAACGCGUGAUGUAAGAAUAAUGAGAUCAGCAAUGAUGCAUACACGGUCGAUUGUCAGAUAUGAUUACUCAAUGACCACAUCGAAUCUCAGUAUGGUCAACAACUUUUCAAUCUUGUCACUGAUAUUGAUUUUUACAGUCUGUGGAAUACAGAUUCAUAUGGUAAAGAAGAUGUUUGGUACACCAAAAAUCGGCGUUUGAUAACUAACGAAGCUUUGCAGAAGUCUGGAGCAACAAAUGUACUUUCUCUUGUCAUAUUUUUAAAACUCGAGAAUAGAUUAACCAUAUGGAUAGUGACCACUGAUGUUUGAUCGUUAAUAUUAAACUUAAUAUUUGGUUUGCGACAUGAGACUGAGAUUUAUGCAUCAAUGCGAUCAAAUCAAAGUUAAAAAGCGUUCUGAAACAGAAUAUGGGGGUAGAGGGGAUUUUAAUAAAAGCGAAGUUAUUGUUACGUGAGCUCUAAAUAUUAAUUAUAUAUGUA